AUGUCACACCUAUUCCAACAGCAGCCCAACUCCUACUCCCCCUACGCCCCUCCCUCAUCAUCCGAACCACUGGCAUUCUUCGGUGGUCAACCCAGCGGACCAUCCGGAUCACCUUAUUAUCCCGGUUCGAGAUCUUCUCUCGAAGGUAGUAUGGGGCCUUCAGGUCCCGGCGUAGGCGCGGGCAGUUCGGCAUUCGGAGCAACGGGGAACAUGAAUAUGGCGAAUGGUAGGAUGAUGCUUGGUGAAGGAAAAUGGUGGGAGGCUUUUGGGACUGGGGGUUUUGAAGGUGAACCUAGUUUGAUGGAGGAACUCGGUAUAAACCCUUCGCACAUCUUACAGAAAUCCCUCACCGUCCUCAACCCAUUAGCGAGGGUCAACGAGAAUAUAAUGGACGAUGCCGACUUGGCAGGUCCAUUCGUUUUCUGUUUCGCAUUUGCUUUCUUUCUCUUACUGUCUGGUAAACCCCAAUUCUCAUACAUCUACGGUGUAGGUCUCCUAGGAACCACAGCAAUCUACCUCCUCCUCAACCUAAUGUCCGAAACGGGCAUUGACGCCUACCGCACAGCCUCAGUAUUGGGUUACUGUCUCCUUCCGAUGGUGGGAUUAGGUGGGAUAGGUAUGGGUAUUGGUAUAGAUUCAGCUAUAGGUUAUAUAUUAAGUUCGAUCAGUAUCGCCUGGUGUACCUUUUCAGCAUCCAGCAUUUUCGUCGUUGUUUUGAGGAUGAACCAUCAGAGGUUGCUAGUGGCUUAUCCUGUGGGGUUGUUGUAUGGCUGUUUCGCGCUGUUGAGUAUUUUUAAUGUUAAGAAGUAG